UACAUUCGCACACUUGCAUACAUUUGCGUAUGCUUGUGCAAUUUAUUGCCUGCUGCAAUCAGCUGCUAGUUGCCCUGGCAACCAAACGAAUAACAACGAACAGAUGAUCGAAUUUAUUUUAGAAUCGUUAAUUACGCAUCGUUUAAUGUAGUUAAAAAAUGACGCGCUCUGUUUAUGAGGUGCAACGGGACUUUGCACUGAGCAGCGGACUGCGCUCGGAAAUCAUCUGGGAUGCACUUGCGCCAGAUCAGGGCGAGGUGCUAAUGCAAAAGAUUGAGCAUCUAAUCAGCGGGAAUACGACAAAGCAGAGCAAAACAUUGGCCAGACGACGCCAGAAAGUGUUUGACAAUGUUUGGCGUCAGAGGCGCUAUACAAAUCGCAUGCUGCUCUCGGCAAUAAUCUACGUGCUGGUGACACCAGAAACAGAUCCGGAACUGGCGCUGCAUGCCACCAGCUACAGCUGUCAUCCCGUCAUACGGACGCGCAAGUGCGUGCGUGAAGAUAGCGAGAACAGCGACAACUGCUGCAUGAUCUUCAUAGACGAGCAUGGUCGGGUCUAUGCCAACUGGCGGCAAUAUGUCUACAACAAUACGCUGCCCAAGGGCACAAUGAUUGCGCCCUGCCAGGGCAUCUACAGGCUCACCAACGACGAGGACAAUGGCGUGCAUCUCAUGGUGCAUGCCACGCCCGCCUCAAAACGCGCCCUACUCAAAGCUGGCGAUGCUCUGGCCACAGUCGGUGGCCUGGCCGCCAGCGUGCCCGUCGCUGCCGCUCUGGCUUUGCCCGUGGCGCCAACCAUUCUGUUGGCUGCCACCGUGGUGGGCGUCACGGCGGCUGCCUACAGCACCGUGCGCUCCGUCAGCUGUCUGAACGAUCGCCGCCAACAUGGACAGUCCAUAUCGCUGCUAGACAAUGAAUCGCGCAACAGCUGGCUGGGCGUGGCCGGCGGCGUUGUCGGCCUGGGCGCGGCGGGCGCCAGCACGGCGCUUAGCGUGGCGCGCACCGAAGUCAAUGCGGCUGCUCAGCUGGCCGUGAAGGGCAUCAAUGUGUCAUCCAUUGUGCUAUCCGGCACGGGUGUGGCCAAUGGCGUCUACGAUUUGUAUUUGAAAAUCAGCGAUGAUCAGCCGUUCAGCAGCUUGGAUGUGCUCCAAAUAGCCGCCAGCUUGGUCAUCUUUACGCACUCCAUAAACAAUCUGCGCCUCGCCAAGCAGGCGACCGAUGGCCAAUCCUUGCGGCACGCCGUCAGCAAUCAGACCAGGCAAGUCUUUGGGCAAAUUGCCGAGGAGUCGGCCAAGCUGCACAGCGACUGUGCUGGCCAGAAGUUUGAUAUGGUGCGCACGUUGAAUGAUAUACCCUUUAAGGAGGCGUUGCUGGGCAUGCACAAGAUUCACAAGCAUUUGAGCGAAGGUGCCGCCACGCUGGCUGCGCUGAGCGCCACGCUCAUCAGCCAGGACCCGGACGGGCAGGUGCAUAUAAAUGUGGAUGCGUUAACCAAACGUUUUGGUGAGAAGUUCGUGCAGCAUAUUGGGCACGUGGGCAGCCUGCUGGAUGUGCUCGACGCUCUGGCCAAGUACUUUGGGGAGCAGUCGAUGCAGUUACUCCUGCAGCUGGUGCGCAAGUUUCUCGAGGAGUACCUCGAUGGCAUUGAGCGUUCAUUGAACACAUUUCUGUCCACGGAAUCGGUGCUCUAUCGCAUCUUGAUGCAGUGCAUCAAUAAUUACGAGAAUUUUACGUUCGAGUUUCUGGUGGAGCAUCGCGACGAGAUCUUGACAAUUGUGUCCAAGUACUUCGAGGCAAUGCAGCCCAUCGACGCACAGAGCAGCCGCAGGAUCAAGUGCGACGAUUGCCAAGGCGUCUAUUAUACAUGUGAUAUAUGAGGUGAAUCAAAUUACCAUGACAAUUGCGAAAGCUUUAGCAUAUCAAUAACAAGUAGGUUCUCUAAGAAGUAAUUCUGAGAUUUAAUGCAUAUCAAUUUACCUUAUUUAAAUAGCUACUAAUAUGUUUCCCAUUUUAACAAAUGUUUUGUUAUAUUAACUCUGGUAUAAAAGUAUUGUUUUCCAUUUUCA